ACAUCUAGGAUUCAAUUGGGUUCAAUUUGUAGUUGAAGAUGAACAAGCUCAGUGUUAUUUUCGCUUUCCUUUUCGUUGGCGUUGCCCUCGGUCAGUUCCCAUCUUUCCAAAAUGGCCAACCAGAACCCCUUUAUGAGAGCCCAAUUGAAGAGAGGCCUGAGGGAGUCUACUUCGACGACGAUGACUUCAACUUCAAUCCAGAAUUCCAAGGCCGUGUUGUUGGCGGAAGCUCUGCAACCUCUGCUGCUCAGUUCCCAUACAUGGCUAGUUUGAGGACAUCUGGUAAUGCUCAUUUCUGUGGAGCCACUAUCAUUGCUGCAAGAACUGUUCUGUCUGCUGCUCACUGUACUGUUGGUCGUUCAACUGGCGGCACUCGCGUGGUCGUUGGAACCCACCUUCGUCUCUCCGGUGGAAUGUCUCAUGCAGUCAACAGGAUUGUGAACCAUCCCAAUUACAAUGCCAACACCAUUGCUUUUGAUGUUUCUAUUGUCCAGACUAGUGCCAACUUCCAGGGCAGUAACACCGUUCAAUCCAUUGCUAUGGGAUCCGCUCAUGUUGGUGGUGGUGUUACCGCUAUUGUGUCCGGAUGGGGACAGACUUCUCACCCCGGCAGUGCUCCCAAUGUACUCCAAUGGGCUGCCCUCACUACCCUUACCAAUGCUGACUGCCGCAAUCGCCACACCGCAAACAACGCUCAAUUUGUGUUUGACCACAAAAUGUGCACCUUCACACGUUCUGGACAAGGCAUCUGCAUGGGAGACUCUGGUGGACCACUUGUUGUUGGAAGCAAUGUCGUUGGUAUCCCAUCCUGGGUUAUUGCUUGCGCUCGUGGCUUCCCUGAUGUCUACGAUCGUGUCUCCAGCCACAGAAACUGGGUCAUUUCCGUUAUGUAAAGGACAUUGUUCAUCUCAAGCCCGGAAAAAUUCUUAGCCAAUCAACAAUAGUUCAAAAUAAAAUGCAUUCUUCCAAGUAUUUA